CUAAUGAGUUUAAAUACUCAAAAACUUUAGCAUUUGUCUUCGUUGAAAUCUCAGCUUUCCCUUUCAAUUCAUGAGAUUUAAUACCAUCACCAGCUGUGAUUCUAUCUUUACUAAUAAUAACCACUUCAUCUGCAUUAUCAAUACUAAAAACUUUCUUAGUUUUACCCUCGAUAACAAGUGCACCAAGUUUAUAACCAGCAACUAAAACAAAAUUAUUAACAUUAUAUCAAUGAUCAAACAGCUUAUCAUUAAUUAAUGUCAAUUAUACAAAUUUUACAUACACAAUUAUACUUCAUAAAUAAUAUGUUAUAUUAAUGACAUUACUAAAUCAUUGCAUUAUUUUAAUAAAUUAAUUUUGUCAAUAAUAAAAUACAUGUAAUUACUUAAUAUCAUAUAUCGUAAUCAGAAAUAGAAGUUGUUCAAAACAAUGAAAUUUCAGCACCAAAUGGAACUUAAAAUGUUUUAGUGCAUUAAGUGUCAAAUUAAAUAGUGUGGAAUUGCCGAUCAUUACAGAUUUAUUUUAUAACUAAAUUAAAAUUAUCCUUCAUCAGAAUUUUAUUUAAAGGCAACGCUGUACUGGUAUCACAGUAGGUUUUAAACUUAAAUAAAACAGUUUAUAAGAUAGUUUGUUCAUCAUAAUUUCAAUAUUAAGUAGUCAAUUACCCCAAUGAGGCAUAAUGGAUGUAACAGAAAAGAAAAAAAAAUUAACAAUCCUAAAAUAUGUGAUAAGGAACAUUUUUAAAUGAUAUUUUGUGUAAGUAGCUUAAAUGUGCAUUAAAUUUUGUUUUAUAUUAUGUGUAAUUAAAUAAUUUACACAUAUAAAUUAAAAUGCAUUUAUACUACCUUCGUCCGGCAUUUUACUCAAAGCCUCCACUGUAAUGAAACAAAAAAGAACAAUCUUAAGACCAGUAUUUAAGAAGGUUCAACUAUCUCUGCCCCACCACCUGAUCCUAGGAGUGUUAUACAAUUUACUGCAGCCACCAGUUGAUCCAUUCCACUCACGUGGUUCGUGAGUUGAGUUCGAAAUAGAGGCCCACAAUUUCCUAGGACCUGUGGAUUUAUUGUUUGUUUUAUAUAAGGGUGAUCUAUAAGUGGUAUUAUGGAUUGUAAUGAUAAGAAGAAAGUGCUUACUGGAUUAACGCACGAAUGUGGAGUGUUCGGAUGCAUGGCCAGAGGCCCUUGGCCGACACAAUUAGAUGUUCCCCAGGUCAUCUGUUUGGGCCUCAUAGCGUUGCAGCAUAGAGGCCAAGAAAGUGCAGGCAUAGUAACUAGCGAAGGAAAAUGUUCUAAAAAGCUCAAUGUGAAAAAAGGAAUGGGGAUGAUCAGUAAUAUUUUUAAUGAUGAAUCGAUGCAGAAGCUCAAAGGUAACCUAGGGAUAGGUCAUACCCGUUAUUCUACCAGCGCAGCUUCAGAAGAAAUCAACUGCCAGCCAUUUGUAGUACACACAGGGCAUGGUGCUUUGGCUGUAGCUCACAAUGGAGAACUAGUCAAUUCAGAAGCCCUCAGGAGAAUGGUAUUGUCCAGAGGUGUUGGGCUUUCCACUCAUUCAGAUAGCGAGCUGAUUACUCAAGCCCUCUGCUUGAAUCCUCCUGAAGGGGAAGAAGAAUCGGGACCUGAUAUGCCGGCUAGAAUAAGACAUCUAAUGCAACUAGCACCCUUAUCAUACUCCUUAGUAAUAAUGAUGAAAGAUAGAAUGUAUGGCGUCAGAGACCCCUAUGGAAACCGACCUUUGUGCCUUGGGAAGAUCGUUCCAGUUGAUCAUCAGAAUGAUAAUGAAGCUGAUGGAUGGGUCAUAUCAUCUGAAUCAUGUGGCUUUCUUUCAAUCGGAGCACGCUACGUUAGAGAAGUUCUUCCGGGAGAAAUAGUUGAAAUUACAGACAAAGGAUGUAAAACUAAAGAUAUAGUUCCAAGGCCUGAAGGCAAAGCACUUGCAUUUUGUAUUUUUGAGUAUGUUUACUUUGCAAGGGCAGACAGUAUGUUCGAAGGACAAAUGGUAUAUUCUGUACGUAUGCAGUGUGGCAAAAUGUUAGCACGUGAAGCAUAUGUUGAUGCUGAUAUUGUAAGUUCUGUUCCUGAAUCAGGUACUGCUGCUGCUCAUGGCUUUUCAAAAGAAUCAGGAAUCCCUUUUGCUGAGGUUUUAUGCAAAAAUCGCUACAUUGGAAGGACAUUCAUUCAGCCUAGCACAAGACUUAGACAGUUAGGAGUUGCAAAAAAAUUUGGUGCGAUAGAAGCUAAUGUUGCUGAAAAAAAAAUCAUACUGAUUGAUGAUUCCAUAGUUAGAGGAAAUACAAUUGGACCUAUUAUUAAACUUCUGAAAGAUGCUGGUGCAAAAGAGGUGCAUGUUCGAAUCGCUUCUCCUGCUUUGCGCUAUCCAUGCUAUAUGGGAAUAAACAUCCCAACAACUGAAGAACUUAUUGCAAAUAGAUUAGAUAAUAUAAAACUAGCUGAUCAUGCAGGAGCUGAUUCCUUAGCAUACCUCUCAGUAGAAGGUCUAAUUAAAGCUGUGAGGUGGAAGAUCAAAAAGGGUAAAAAUGAUAUAGGUCAUUGUACCGCUUGCCUUACUGGUGAGUAUCCAGAACUUCCAGAUUGGUGAAAAAAAAAAUUACUAUUCAUUUUAAGAAAUUUUCACAAUUUUUGAGUUACCUUUAUAUUUUCUUAAAAACAAAAACAUGUAGGUUAUAGUAACUGAAAAAAUUUCAUCAGUAUUAACACUAUGUGUUAAUUAGUGUGCAACAGCGUAUUCCUGGGUUAAUAUACAUGAGAAAAUAUGUAUAAUUAUUAUUCCUGUUAUACUUAAGUGUAAAUAAUCUUAGAUCUGAUUUAUAAAGACACGAUUGAAUUUAUUUAGUUUUUGUAAGUUCUUUAAAAUAUUUAUCUUAGAUUUUUUUUAUACCUAUAAAUAAAAUAAUUAAAGAUAUGUAGAAUUUU